AGUCUAUCUUCAAAACAAUUCGCACAAUCAAGAUUGAUGACGGUCACGGCAAGCUAAUGUGUGGAAUAUAUUGCGCCGUGGAACAUUUCCAGGUGGCUUGACGCCACAGCUGUGGCUGGUGCCACGGGGAAUGAAUGAUCCGCGUGCCUGCCGUUUGGAAUCUUUACCUCGAGCUCUCCAACCACAACUAUCAGCUCGCCGCCCGAUCGCAAGGCAGUAUAACCCGCAAUGGCCAACCCUAACGGCGACGGAGCUGCCGCAGGCGCCUACGAGCUCAGUGUCAAGCCCCCAUCGAACGUCGUCAUCCCUCCGCCAAACGUGCGCGAGAACGUUGCCAAAACCGCCGACUUCAUCAACCGCAGAGGCGACGCGAACCUACCGCCGCUGAAACUGCGUGUCGCGGGCGACUCCAAAAGCAGCCUACAAUUCGUCCUCGAUGAUGACCCAUACAAUGACUACUUUUUGUGGUAUCUUCAGCAGUUGAAGGAGGGUCAUGGGCCUUCUGCAAAUCAGAGUGCACAGCCGGUGGUAGAGAAGCCCAAGGGCCCCCCAGAACCUCCCAACUUCCGCUUCUCUGCGCGCAUGCCCACCAUUAGCGCAAAAGAUCUUGAGGUGUUGAAGCUGACAGCUCUAUACACGGCGCGCGUUGGCGAGAACUGGCUGAAAGAGUUGCGCAACCGUGAGUCUGGCAACUUCCAGUUCGACUUCCUUCGACCGAAUCACAGCCUUUUCCAGUUGUUCCGAUCGCUUGUCGGGCAGUACAAGAUCCUCCUGGAAGAAGAAGCAACGGUUGAGGCUCGCAUCGAGGAGUUGCAGCGCAACAUCAACAAUCGAUUCCACAUUCUGGAUCGGGCGAAACAGCGCGCUGACUACGUCAAGUACGUGACAGCUCAGAAGGAGAAGGAGGUCAGAAAAGCCGAAGAUGAGAAUAGGGAAUUUGCGAGUAUUGACUGGCAUGAUUUCACCGUCAUUGCAACUGUACUGUUCGACGAAGCAGACGAUGCAGCUGAUCUCCCUCCGCCAGCGCUGCUCAAUGACCUGCAAUCCCAGUCACUCGAGCAGAAGGCUAUGGUCUCGCUCUCCACGAGACGCCUCGAGGAAGCCAUGCCCGACGAGUCCACCUACUACAACGCCACCCAGCACCAUGGACCGCCACCGCCGAUGCAACCAAGCUAUGUCCCAAUGGCGCCACCUGUUCAAGCACCGUAUGGAGCAUAUGCACCGCCUCCUCAGGAUUACAGGGCUCCGGCACAGGUAGCGCGCGAGGAAGACCAGGCGCGACUGGCGAGAGAACACCAGGCCGAAAGUGAUCAGAGAGCGCGUGCCCAGGCUGCGGCGAGGGGAGCGCCCGGUCGCAUUGUCACAGACUACGUCCCCCGCGGCGCCGCGAAGAGGGGCAACGUUCAAAUGGCUGUUUGCCCUAACUGCAAGCAAAACAUUCCCUCGAAUGAGAUGGAUGAGCAUAUUCGAAUCGAACUGCUAGACCCGCGCUGGAAGGAACAGCGGGAGAAGGCCGAAGCUCGAUACUCCACCACGAUCAACACCGCUGACAUUUCGACCAACCUCAAGCGCCUCGUUAGCCAGCGCGACGAUAUCUACGACGGUGCCACCGGCCUACCCAUAUCUGCUGAGGAAGAAGCUCGAAGGAAAAGAGCGGCAAUAUCAUACGAUGGACAGCCAGACCCUGUCAAAGAUGCUGCUCGUCUUUCGCAGAUGCAGAGCAUGAACGUGCAGGAACAGCUUCGAAGGAUCCACGAAAAGCAUCGCCAGUAGAACACGAGUAAGUGUAGAUCUAUUCCUCUCUCGAGUACCAUUUCUUUUUCUCUUGAUACCAUGCAUUGGCGAUGGAGAGUACUAUCUACUGCAUAUGGCGGGAGUUUGGGAGUUUGUAAACAAUUUGUAUACCCCUGCAGAGUGGGGCGAGAGGUCCAAAGCGCUUCCGUGUAUAACAGCUCCAGGCCCCUGGCCUAAUCAGAAUAUAAUUUUCUCAAAGGCAGU